AAACGGCCGGACCCGCGUACGGCCGAGUCACUCAUACGGAGAGGAGGGCGAGCCCGUUGUAAUUGUGCGAUCCGCUGGAGACGGUGUCAACGAAAAAAGCACAGACAAAAUGUCGGACCGAAAGGCAGUAAUCAAGAAUGCUGAUAUGUCAGAGGAGAUGCAGCAAGAUGCUGUUGACUGCGCUACUCAAGCUCUCGAAAAAUAUAACAUAGAAAAGGACAUUGCAGCAUUUAUCAAGAAGGAGUUCGAUAAGAAGUAUAAUCCGACGUGGCAUUGCAUUGUAGGACGUAAUUUCGGUAGCUACGUGACGCACGAAACAAGACAUUUUAUCUAUUUCUAUCUUGGUCAGGUAGCCAUUCUCCUCUUUAAGAGCGGAUAAGCUCGUUUCUCUAUUCUCCUAAACUCCAUCCUACCUUUUUCCUUCCUUCCUCCCUCCCUUGCUCACUACGUAAAAUAUACACAUUUAAAAUCACCACCAUGUGUAAAAGGAACGUCAUUAUGCAUUAUGUAUACAUUAAAAAAUUUAUUUUAAAAAGCAACGCAUGUGCCCGAUAAGCAAGUAAAGAGAAAUAUUAACGUUUCCAACUGAUAUAUUGUUCGUCGUUAUGCGAAACAAAUUCUAGAGAAACACACUGAAGGGUAGGGAGAUAAACUGGGAAAAAAAAAGAAAGAAAUGACAUACAACCUUACAUGUUGAAAUGUACUUUGUAUGCCAACAAGUUUGUUGUGUUCUUGUUUUAUAUUAUUAGGUGAAUAUGCAAAAUACGGUUGAGUUCAAUACUGGCGAUUUUAAAUUAGCAAAUUUUAGCGUAAUUGUUUAAUAUAUAGUGUUCAAAUAACACUCUAAGUGCACUACGUAUACUUCGCGUUAGAUGGCCACACACGAAGUGUGCCCUGCUUUAUAUUCUACGUAAAACUGGAAGUACAUGGUAUCUGUAGCUAAUCGCCAAUAAUGAAUGUAAGCCCGAACGAGAUUGAUUGUCUCUGCAAUUGUUAUUUUAUAUUAAUUGGAAACCAUAGUCUUUUGCGUACUACAUAAUUUGAUUUUGUAUUUUCUACAGCGACUGACAUUUCUGAUUAGACUAAGAACUGUUAACAUGAUUGAAUGCAAAAGAAAAAAAAAAAGAGCUCAAUCUCUCUCUCAAUGUACGAUAUCAUCAUCGUACACGUCUUAUUAAUAACAACUUUAUUUCGAUCGAUAUAAAACUAACAUGCUAUUAAAUAACAAUAUUUGACUCGUUCAUUGCUCUACCUUCAUAAUUUUUAUAUCGUGCACAGAUUACAAUGCAAAAAAAGGCAAAAAAAGAAAAUUUUAUCUCGAGACGAUGUAUACUUGGGGUAUAACAUUCGUUUCCAGAGAAAAAAGAUAUCACCUUCUGCUCAUAUUAAAUUCUAUCUUUUAUGUAAUAUUCAACACUCCAUAUUAUGGUACUUAUAUAUAUAUUAUAUAUAUAUAAUAAAUAUAGAUUAUACAUAUAAUAUACUAUUUAUAUAUAGUGCAAUCUUCAAACAAUUUUUCAUGCAGUAUUUGAUUAUCGUAAACGUUGCUACAUUGUUCAAAUUUUAGACUGACUAUUAAAUAAUAACAAAAAUACUAUCACACCAUACAUAAUUCUUUUUUUUAAUAGAAAUAUUCACACAAUGCUACUUUUUUAAGUAGCAAAUAUGUGUAGCAGAAAGUGUUCAAAAGUAAAACCAUGACGGAUAUAAAAAAAAAAGAAUCAAAUACUGAAAAUCGACUUGUUACCGAGAAUAUCUGAAAAUAUCUGAGUUGAUUGACAUGUUAUUAUGUUUUUUUUAAUUUAUUUAUAUUGUACAUAUAUUCCAGCAGUUUUAUUGAGAUGCAUAAAUAUUACAUAUAUAAAUAGUAACACACACAGAAUGUGAACUGUACUUUUACGGUGUUAUAUGAUGUACGUUAUGCUUUCGCCGUACUUGCUACAUGAGAUUGGUUCAAGAAGUAUGUUGUUAAUAGAUGUUCUAAAUGAACCUGCCGAAGAACCUGUUACGCUGUUAAGGCAGUGGUUGUCACAUUCGCUUGCCAACAUUUCAAAACAUUGCAAAGUAUCUGAAAUUGAAAUAUUUUUCGUAUUUUAUCUCGAAGAUACGAUCUAAUAAGUAAAAAAUAAAUGUAUCACCAGUGUACGUAUUUUUUGGAGAGUCGAGCUUCUCGACGUGGGAAUCGCUCUGUAUUUUUCACCGAUCUCGAGAUAUACUUUCGCGAUCGAGUCUGCAUGCAGAAGAUGCGGUAAAAGCAGAUGGAUAUUAUUGUGCUUAACAAUAAAAAUCAGUUCCACACAACGAAA